AUUUAAAAAAUGGGAAAAACAAGUAAAGUUGUAGUUUGUGGUAUGAAAGGUGUUGGAAAAACAGCAUUAUUGGAACAACUUAUUUAUGGAAAUGUCACAUUGAAAAGUGAAAUUCAUUCAACAAUUGAAGAUAUUUAUGUUGCAAAUAUUGAGACUGAUCGUGGUACUAAAGAAAAAAUAAGAUUUUAUGAUACAGCUGGUCUUGAAGCAUUACAAACAAAUACAAAUAAUCAACAAUUACAACGUCAUUAUCUUGGUUUUGCUGAUGGCUAUAUACUUGUUUAUGAUAAUGCAAAACCUGAAUCACUUGAUGUUUUGUUACCACUCAAAAAAGAUAUCGAUAAAAAUAAAGAUAAAAAAGAAAUAAUACUCAUUGUUAUUGGUAAUAAAACGUUAAUUGAUAAUGACAGUCUUGAAAAUACAAUUAGUAAAGCAACGAAUUGGUGUACAAGAGAAAAAAUUAAACAUUUUGAAGUUAAUUUAAUGGUACGUGAAAGUUUAUAUGAUGCAUUUAUUUAUUUAUCAUCGAAAUUAAAUCCAGUACAAAAUAAAAGUACAUUUCCACAAUUAAGUAUGGGAAGAAAAAAUAUUAAAACUGAUGCAACAUGA